UAACUUGAAUGAAAACAUGUAGUUACCUUCAUAAUAUGAAGUUCACAUGGUUUACAAUUUCAAAACUUUACUAAAGCAAUAAUUUUUGCCGUUACUUUAUGAUGUAAAAUUCAAUAGAACGGUGAAAAUGGUUUCUUUAUGUUUUGUUCCUGAUACUCUGAUCUCGUUUUAUGUGACUUCGGAGAUGUAAAGCUUCAAAUUUUGAGAAAAUAAUGAAACUUUUAAGAUUUGUUAGAUCCAACCAUCCAUUGGCUUAUUUUCAAAAUAAAUAUUUAUCCACAACUAUCAAGUUAUGCAACGAAUCAUUAGAUGUGUCCACCCCACAAAAUCAGAUAUCUAUUGUUUUGAAGAAAUUUUUGCCUUCGCAUAUCAGGAAUUUCAGUGUUAUUGCUCACGUUGAUCAUGGCAAGAGUACCUUUUCAGAUCGUCUACUUGAAAUUGCUGGUUUGAUUGCAAAUGACCCAGAAAAACCUCAAUAUUUGGACAAAUUAGAUGUGGAAAGAGAAAGAGGAAUUACUGUUAAAGCUCAAACGGCAUCUCUAAUUUUUAACCGUGGAGAAAAAGAUUAUCUUCUUAAUCUGAUUGACACACCUGGACAUGUUGAUUUCUCGUUUGAAGUAUAUCGUUCUUUACCCAUCUGUCAAGGAGCUAUCCUGUUAGUUGAUGCCACGAAGGGUGUUCAGGCACAAACUAUAGCUCAUUUCAAUGAAGCUUUACUAGGAGAUGUUAAUUUAAUUCCAGUUAUUAACAAAAUCGAUGUGAAAGAAGCUAAUGUGGCACAAGUAGAAGAACAAUUGGUCAAUUUAUUUUCAUUUGAUCGUGAAGAAAUUUACAAAAUAUCUGCCAAAACCGGAGAAGGCUGUAAUGCUGUAAUUGAUGCGAUAAUUAAUAAGAUACCUCCACCGGAAAGCGAUAAUGACAAACCUCUCAAAGGAUUUUAUUUUGAUAGCUGGUCCAAUCGUGUCCAUGGCAUUAUUUCAUUAGUCGCUAUACUUGAUGGAAAAGUGAAGGUUGGUGACGAGAUCAGAUCUCUUUCUGGCAAGAAGUCUUACACUGUCCGAGAAAUCGGAAUAUUUCAUCCCGAAGAAACAAAAACUGAUGUUUUAUAUGCUGGUCAAGUUGGUUAUCUAUCUGCAUGUGUAAGAGAUGAUGCCGAUGCUAAAAUUGGAGAUGCUUUUGUUUUGCAAUCAACCUUCGACACUUUGAAAGACAAAGAUCAAUCAGAGCUAACUACUAUGAUAAAUAAUUUACCUAAAAUUCCAAAGCCUAAACCAAUGGUCUUUGCUGGAAUCUUUCCAGCUGAAGCGUCCCAAUCUAAAGAAUUGAAGUCUGCUCUAAACAAAUUAGUCCUUAAUGAUUCAUCGGUAGAAAUUGAAACUGAUUCUAGUCCAGCGUUCGGCCUUGGAUGGAGAUUAGGUUUCUUAGGACUCCUUCAUAUGGACGUUUUUUCACAGCGUUUGGAGGAUGAAUAUGAUUCUGCAACAGUUAUUACUGCUCCAAGUGUCUCUUACAAAGUAACGAUAAAAGGAAACAAAAACAUCAAGCAAUAUGGAAAAGAAACUAUUACUGUAAAAAACCCUAUGCAUCUACCUCCAGAGAAUAUCAUUGCAAAGUUUGAAGAACCUUGGAUCAUUGGAACAAUCCUUACUCCAAAUAAGUUCCUAGGAACCAUCAAUGCUUUAUGUCUAUCUCGAAGAGGAGAACAAUUAGAUUCAUCGUAUGUUGAUCAAGAAAGAAUACUUUUGAAGUAUAAAAUGCCUUUGAAUGAAGUGAUUCUCGAUUUUAACGACCGACUAAAAGUUAUAACUUCAGGAUAUGCUAGUUUUGAUUAUGAAGAAGCAGGUUAUCAGGAAGGUAAUAUAGUUAAGGUCGAGUUUCUGUUAAAUGGUAAACUAAUUGAAGAGCUCACAAGUUUAGUUCAUAAAGGUAAAUCUUAUGAGUAUGCAAAAGCAGUUUGUAAAAAAUUGAAAGAUAAUUUACCGCCUCAAUUGUUCAAAGUGGCGAUUCAAGGAGCCAUAGGGAAAAAGAUUAUCGCCAGAGAAACAAUGGACGCUCUGAAAAAGGAUGUUACAGCUAAAUUAUAUGGUGGAGAUGUUACAAGGGCACAAAAGCUUUUGGCAAGACAAAAGGAAGGAAAAGCAAGACUGAGAAUGAUUGGCGAUAUUCAGGUUGAACGGAAUACGUUUAUAAAAAUAUUACAGACUUAGAGAAAAAAUUGAAAUUUUAUUCAUCUUUUUGUUUGAAUCAAAUCAUUUUGUUGAUAACUUUUAUUCUUUGCUAUAGCAGUUUAUAAUAUUAAAUUAUGUCACUUAAAAAAAGAAA